UUUAAUUUAUAUAAAUACCUUCGAUAUCACUCUUCUCCAUAUUUUUAAAUUGAUGAGUGAAGAAGGAGAGUUAAUGUUUUAUUCGCAGGAGUAUUUGGCACGAAAGGGUCCACUAGGUACGGUUUGGUCCGCCGCUCACUUGCAAAACCGUCUCAAAAAGUCUCACUACACCGCCACCAACAUCCCCGAAACAGUUGAUUUUAUAAUGUAUCUGGAGACGCCGUUGGCACCUAGAUUAUCAGGGCACCUUCUACUUGGUGUUGUGAGAAUAUACUCGAAGCAAGUUGAUUAUGUUGUCCGUGACUGUACUCUCUUUACUACUUGGUUAGCUAAGUCCUUCGUCUCUACUCAAUUAGUUGACUUGCCUGAGGAUGCAAGACAGGCUCCUGUUGAGUCUGUGACUUUGCCUCAGGCGCUUAACUUGGAUGACUUCGACUUAGAGGAUGAUGACCACACACUCGAGGGGUUUGAUAAUCACCUGAGGAGUAAGGAAGAUAUCACUCUUACUGAUCAGAUUCCUACUGGCAUUGAUCCUUAUGUUGCUGUAACUUUUGAUGAUGACAUCUUUCCAGAAUCUAGCCCUAUGGAUGUUGACCAACCUACAGAAUCUGUGAGAGCGCAUCAUCCUGGUGAUACUGAUGUUGAAAUGGCUUAUGAGUCAGAACCAUACAAUAAUGAUCAAGGAGACUUCAAUUUUGGUCUAGAUAAUGCAUAUUCUCCCGGAAGUGUUCCCGAGGUGGAGAUAAGGCGUGAUGUUGCUGCACAUGGUUUAAGCCCUGCGUCUCAUCCACCAUUUGCUGCACAACAACAUAAUGUUAGAGUUGAAGAAGGCACUGGAACUUUGAAUGAGAAGGAACCCACUAUCCCUAAUUUUGAUGAGGAAAUGUUACAUUCUCGAGGACAUUCGACCUUUGAGCUUCGCUCAGGAUCUCCACGCUUUGCUGGUUCUGAGGAAGAACAUGAAAAUUUUGUGCAUCCAUCACCUCAACUGGUUCUUCAGCCAACUCCUCCUCCUCCUCCCCAACCACAAGUAAGGGCAAGGAAGAGGAAUCACUUUGAUAAGGUCACAGUAUUAACUAACAGGAUCAUGAAAGAAAGGAUUGAGGAUCCUAGUGAUACUCUCCGUAAGAGAAAGAAGAUGCCUUCUUCUAAACUAAACGUCUGGAGAAUGAAUAACCAGUCUAAGAAGGAUCAGAUCUUCAAUGAGCCCUUGCUUUCUGGCUCCUCAGAUGUUCUACGCAGUGUCUUUGACAAGGACUGUGUAGCUUCAAAGCCACAUCUUGCUGCUGUUUCUGAUGAAACUCUACCAGGACCUGCACAUGCAUCAUCUCCUACUCGAGAAGCUGAAACAGAAGUCACAGUUCCUGUUUCUACUAAUCAAGACAGUACAGUUCUGCAACAUGUCCAAGACUCUGCAGGUCCUCAAUCCACGCAUGCAGAGUCUAUAACAAGAGGAGCACAAUCUCCACCGCCGUUUAAUAAUGAUGACAAUGGAAUGGAACGCUUAAGGGAAGGUGGUUACACUGACUACAUGCCUUCUCCACCACCUCCAAGAUUUUCACCUUCUAGAACUGAUGACUUCACCACUCAGACUAGAUUUUGGGAGACAGAAUCUUACAGAACAGAGCCUUCAACUUCCACAUAUAGAGAGGAUCUUCCUGGACCAACGAACUCAGGGGUUUCUGCUAUUCCUGAAAUGGUGGACGAGGAACUUUAUUUCCUAGAGGUGGGUGGCAACACUCCAGUGAGAUCACCAGCUAGUCAAGAUUCUGAUGGCUUGACAGGGAGAACAAGAGCCUUGGCUCAGUAUCUCAAAGAACGUUCUUCAAGUACUCCCUCUUCAAGCAAUUCUUCUGGAGAUCUAAGUUUGGGAAAGAUCUUGGACGGAAAGACAAGGAAGGUAGCUGCACGAAUGUUCUUUGAGACACUGGUGUUGAAGUCUAGAGGACUUAUAGAUACGCAACAGGAUCAACCUUACAGCGAUAUCACUCUGAAGUUGAUGCCUGGCCUUUUUUCAAAAGUUCAACCAUGAAUAACCAAUGCUCAAUUAGACUUUAAUUAUGUGCAUAAUAGUAUAGAUGCUAGACAUAUGACCUGUUUUAAACUUGUUCCUCUUUUAUAUCCUUAGUCAGAACAAGGAAGAAAAUUAAUGGUUAUAAGUUGAAUCUAUCUUAGUCAUCAUUCUUUAACGGGCAGGACUAUGGCAUGAACUUCUUUGGCUAAAGUAUCAUCAUAAGGUGUUUGCAAUGGGGCUUUUUGGAGAUUAUUUACGCUAUCAGGAUCUUUAUGGGUCGCUUGGACUCGAGUUGAGUUACUAAAAGAGGGUUCUUUCUGGGAUGUCAAGGAGACAAAUUGUUGAAUAUAAUUGAGUUUCUAAUUUUAUAAACUUUCGUAUAGUUAGUUAUAUUAGUAAUGUUUGAUUUGUAUAAGUUAGUUACUUAAUUUACAAGUCAAGAGUCACGAUCUAUCAUUCUUAAAGUUGUGUCUUUACAAUAGGAGUUGUGUCUGUACACUAAGAGUUGUGUCUUUACAACACACUGUUUCACUUUGUAUAAAUCUAGAUCGAGUCUGUCAUAGCAAUCAUUCAGUGCAAUACAAUUUCAAUAAAAGCGUAAUACAAUAACUUCAGUGAUACUCUGUUUUUUUUUUUCAUAAAAACAGAGCAAGUUAAUUUAUAUUCUUAUUUGUUUCUUUUCUUUCAUAAAUCGUAAACACACAAAGUGAUCAACACAAAUAAGGGGUCCUGGCUAUGGCGCAAGCUUCUGAAGCUUAGACCCUCGGUAUAUGGGUUUAUGCGUUGUGAAGUUGGCAACGGCGAGUCCAGUUACUUCUGGUUUGAUUACUGGUUAGGGACGGGGAGGUUGCUCGACGAGACAAGUGAGCUUGGUCCGCGUUAUCUUGGCAUACCCCGUCAAGCACUAGAAAAUAGUACUUCAGUAAGUGAUUUUUCAUCGAACUUUUAAAAGUCAAAAUUGUAACUAUAUAAAAUACAAGUUGAUCAAUAAUUUCAUUGUCGAUUGUUGGUUUAAAAACUGGCUGAUCCUUAUUUCUAUUUUUAAAACAAUACUGAAAUCGUAAACAAGAAAGUUUUACUCUGUUUUCUAGUUUCAAUCGACUGCUAUCAAGUAAGAACCUAAAGAAUCUGCAAGACUGUAACAUGUCUGCUAAAUAUCGCUGCCAUCAUGGACCCAUUCCACAUGGCACCAUCGAACUCAUGUUUCACGUGGGUAAACAAAAUUAGCUUCAUUAUUAAAAACGUAAUCAGAUCCAGAUCCGGUCCUCUCUGUACAAGCACAUGAAUCAUGAGGCUGGUGGCCUGUCUAUUUUUUUUAACUAUGUUUGUAAUGAAAGCUGUUAUUAUAAUUAGGCCUGGAAAUUUCGGAUAUCGGUUCGGUUCGGGUAUUUCGGGUUUCGGUAGUUCGAAUAGGAGGUUAGAGGAUCCACAGAGUACUUAAUUUAUUUUCGGUUCGAUUCGGAUAGUUUCGGGUUCGGUUUGGUUGGGAUAGUAAAAUUAGGAACUGGAAAAUACGCGAAAUAAUUUCAGUGUUCCGGUUCAGAUAGUUCAGAUAGUUCGGAUAAAAUAUUGAUUAUUUAGGAUAAAAUAUCAAAUAAUUAUGAUGAUUUAGACAAAAAAAUUGAAUAUUUUGGAUUACUUUGGAUUACUUUGGAUAUUUCGGAUAAAAUUAUCCGAUACUUUUGGAUAAUUCAGAUAUUUUAUAAUCUAUACUAUUAAAGCAAAAUACCUAAUAGGUAUUUGCCCAUAGUUUUUAAAGUUAAUUACAAUAGUAUGCCAUUAUCUUUUAAAAAAAAAUUGUUUCACCAAUUAAUCAGCCAGUCGAAAAUUAGAUUUGUUUAGUUAUUCUACAAUAAUUGAUUACAUAAUUCGAUAUAUUCAAGAUUUUCUACUUACCAUAA